GGGGUCACCAAGCAAUGGAACUUGAUUUUGGACACUUUGACGAAAGAGAUAAGGCGUCCAGAAACAUGCGUGGCUCCCGAAUGAACGGCCUGCCAAGUCCCACUCACAGCGCCCACUGUAGUUUCUACCGCACCAGGACCUUACAGGCGCUGAGCAAUGAGAAGAAGGCAAAGAAAGUGCGUUUCUACCGCAACGGGGACCGUUAUUUCAAGGGGAUUGUUUACGCCGUCUCCAGUGACCGCUUCCGAAGCUUUGAUGCCUUGCUUGCUGACCUGACCCGUUCUCUGUCUGAUAACAUUAAUCUGCCUCAGGGAGUUCGCUACAUUUACACCAUUGAUGGCAACAGAAAGAUUGGCAGCAUGGAUGAACUGGAAGAAGGAGAAAGCUAUGUAUGUUCAUCAGACAACUUCUUUAAGAAAGUGGAGUAUACCAAGAAUGUCAACCCAAACUGGUCAGUCAAUGUGAAAACCUCUGCCAACAUGAAAGCUCCUCAGUCUCUGGCCAGUAGCAACAGUGCCCAGGCGAAGGAGAACAAGGAUUUUGUGCGUCCCAAGUUGGUGACCAUCAUCCGGAGUGGAGUGAAGCCAAGGAAGGCGGUGCGCGUGCUCCUGAAUAAGAAAACAGCUCAUUCUUUUGAGCAGGUGCUCACUGACAUUACCGAAGCCAUAAAGCUGGAAACUGGAGUCGUUAAAAAGCUGUAUACAUUGGAUGGGAAGCAGGUAACUUGCCUUCAUGAUUUCUUUGGCGAUGAUGAUGUUUUUAUUGCUUGUGGCCCAGAAAAAUUCCGCUAUGCCCAAGAUGACUUUUCUCUGGAUGAAAAUGAGUGUCGAGUAAUGAAAGCAAACCCGCCUACCACCCCAGGAAGCAAGUCAUCUCCAACCCCACAGAAGAGUGCUGCAAAAAGCCCAGCUCCAUUGCGCCGGAGCAAAUCACCAGCUGAUUCAGGUAACCUUCAGGAUGGAGAAAGCUAUGUAUGUUCAUCAGACAACUUCUUUAAGAAAGUGGAGUAUACCAAGAAUGUCAACCCAAACUGGUCAGUCAAUGUGAAAACCUCUGCCAACAUGAAAGCUCCUCAGUCUCUGGCCAGUAGCAACAGUGCCCAGGCGAAGGAGAACAAGGAUUUUGUGCGUCCCAAGUUGGUGACCAUCAUCCGGAGUGGAGUGAAGCCAAGGAAGGCGGUGCGCGUGCUCCUGAAUAAGAAAACAGCUCAUUCUUUUGAGCAGGUGCUCACUGACAUUACCGAAGCCAUAAAGCUGGAAACUGGAGUCGUAAAACUGUAUACAUUGGAUGGGAAGCAGGUAACUUGCCUUCAUGAUUUCUUUGGCGAUGAUGAUGUUUUUAUUGCUUGUGGCCCAGAAAAAUUCCGCUAUGCCCAAGAUGACUUUUCUCUGGAUGAAAAUGAGUGUCGAGUAAUGAAAGCAAACCCGCCUACCACCCCAGGAAGCAAGUCAUCUCCAACCCCACAGAAGAGUGCUGCAAAAAGCCCAGCUCCAUUGCGCCGGAGCAAAUCACCAGCUGAUUCAGCAAAUGGAACAUCAAGCAGCCAGCUUUCCACACCGAAAUCAAAGCAAUCCCCAAUCUCUACACCUACUAGUCCAGGAAGCCUCCGUAAGCACAAGGACCUGUACCUGCCUCUAUCCUUGGACGACUCUGAUUCUCUUGGAGACUCCAUGUAAAGGAAACCCAAUUCCCCGUCUCUGUAGUACACGCUCUGUUUUAAAUGCAGAGCAGUACUUCUGCCCAAUGGAGGUCACUGGUGCUCGCAAUCAAUCCAAGGACACAAAACUUAUGGUUAUGCUUUCUUUUUGCUUUGCUUUCUUGUUUCCCCUCCUAUGAGUUCUCCUCUGUGUUACAAAACUCACACUAGCAACAGAGCAGAGGUAAAGGGAUACCAACCACUUGCAGAACUUCGCCCUCCAAGUUAAAACGGUUAUUCCUGGUGGGUUUUGGAGCCGGAGGUGAAGUAGAACAAUCGUGACCUUACCACUUUCUAUUCUCUCUCUUUGUCCUGACUGCAAAGACACCAGGAUUGGCUGUCAGUGUAGGGGAAAAAAUGAUAGUCUUUUCAAAAGAUUCCAUGUCAAGAUAUUCCAUCAGCAGAUUGUGGCAACAUUGCCCCUAAACGUCAACUUUCCCCACCAGGAUGUUUUUUUAGAUAUUCCUAGUUACCAGCAACUUUACCAAAGUAGCUUUGAUUCUGCUGUGUUAAAUUUAAUACUUUCCUAUUAACUCUACUUGAUUUAUGCUCACAGCCACCAAGGGCUAAAUCCAUGAUGGUAAUAAGGUCAAUAUAUCACAGCAUGCCCCACAAGUAAAUGAGCAAAAAGCUAUUUAUGGUAGUUUUGCUGCAGGACCUUUAAGGUCAGGAUCUUCUCACUGCAGUGGGUUGGUUUUUUUUUAAAGUAGUGGCAAUAAAAAAAAUGAUUUGGUUGAUAUGAAGUUACUGGAAGUGCUGUGUGGUAUCUCUUGAUCUCUGGAAGAUUUUUAAUGCCUUGCAAAUAGCCAACACUGAAAAUACUGUGAAGGUUUUGUUUUCAGGUUUCUAACACUUGUCUGUUCCUACAACUACUGCGAUUGCUGUUGUUAAUAUGAAAUCAGUACAAUUUUAUAAUGGAAAAAUGACUUUAGCUAGGUUGUAGAGAAGCAAUUCUUCAGGCUUCUUUCUUUCUUUCUUUCUUUCCUUCUUUCUUUCUUUUUUAAGAAAAGUAAAAACUGGUGACUUGAUUUUGCUUAAAAAAUAGAAAAAGAAAAGUAUAGAAAAAUGUUCUGCGCAGUGAAACGUUUUAGAAGUUGCGGCCAAAUUUGGCAUCUGAAAUAGGAAAAAAUAAAUAAAACCAGGGCUGGCAUCAUGAUUGGGUGCAUUGGGGAAGUGGGCUGUUACUCAUCCAGUGAGUAUUUUGAAGGGGUUUGUAACAUUAGGCCCCUCCCCGGAAGAAUAAAACAAAAGUCAAGGUGUCUGCUCUCCCCAUAUCAUUGUAUUGGAGCCCCAACUUGCCUUUUAUGUGUGUUGCAGGCACAAGGCGCCUCAAAGCAGGUUGGGUUUCAAUGGAGGGGCACCGUGUUGAUGUUUUCUUUUGCCUCCAGCCACACCCCUCCUACCCCUGUGCAACAUGCUGGAUUUUUAUCUUGCCAUUUUCGGCAUGUUCAAGAAUCACAAUGAAGGCCAGGAGACUACUUUUGAGUCCUCUUUUCUACGAAAACAGCCCUUUAGAACAGAAUGCAAAGCAUAAGCAAGCUUUUUCCCUUUUUUCCAUAAUUGUAAAUGCAAUGUUUGA